GGCACGUCGCAACAGUAGUUUGUUUAUGGUUUUUCGCAAGUGCUAGGUGGAGUAUUGUUAUAGUCACGCUAGAAGUAGAGUGUUCUGUAGAAUCACAGAAUAGCGACUGAGUGAUUUGUGCUAUUCUUUUUCCCUGUAGUCAUCUAAUGAAAAACUGUUAAUACACUAAAAAGCGACUAUGCCGGAGCAAGACGUAUUAAAAUCUAUUGAACAGGACGAAUUCUACAAGCAGUUUAUUAAUAAGAAAAAGACUGGUGAUGAAUUGUCUGCCGCAAAACAGGGUAUGGUUGUUGCAGACCAGCUUAAAAAAUUAACAGAAGGAAUAGCCCUACUGGACAAAGAAUUGCAGCAGCAAGUUCUGGGAAAUUUAGAAGAACUACUCUCACAAGCAAAUUGGGUGGAGAAACUAGAAGAUGUCCUGACAACAAUGUUUCCACAUGUGCAGGGAGUUCUGUCAUCUGUGGAACGUCUUCGGACACAGGUGCAGGAGCCUUACGAGCGCCUGGAACGACAGACCCGAGUCCUGGCACGCCUGCAUGCCACUUCUGACACACUGCGCCAUGCAGCAAGAACGCAACAUCUUGCCCGAAAGCUUGAAGCGCAGGUUCAGGCUGGGGAUAUAAGCAAGGCUGCUCAUUCCCUUAAUGAAAUUGCUCAGUUGGCAGAAGAUGUUGAUCUUACAGGCCUUGAAAUGCUAGAAGCAGACCAGCGAGCCAUACAGAACCAUCGUGGUCAGGUUGAACAGAAAGGGCAGGCUUUACUGGCCCAGGGUCUUUCUACAAACAACAAUGGCCAAGUGUGUACAGCUAUUCAGGUUUUCCACAGUCUUGGAAACUUGCCAGCUGUAGCUGAAGACGUUCUUACAGCUGCACAAGGUCGUGUAGCUUCUGCAAUUGACAGAGCUCUGGAUGUACAAGCCUUGAGCCAAAGCUCCAUGGCUGACAUCAGUACACCAGCAGGACGAACAAGGGCUGGUCCUGGACGUGCUGCAAUGCCAUCUCCAGGAAAUACUUCUGCAUUCCGCACCCGCUUGUGGUCAUCGCUUGAGCAGCUUUUUGAGUCUGUAUACUCUGAGUGUGCGAAGAUGAUGCUUCUCCAGCGAGUUCUGUCUCGCAGGACACGAGACACAAUGCCGAGUCCAUCAUACCUGGAGCUGUUGCCCACAAACAAGAGGAACUUAGCCAGUUACUUCUGGAACAAUGUCACUGAAACUCUUGCAAAAAAGUUGAAUCAAACUGCUGAAGGUUCCUCAUUUCUAAAACAGGCUCUUGAAGGUGAAUACCCCAAGUUUCUUCGGCUGUACCUAGAUCUGUGCAAGCGACUGCAAACAAAUAAAAUGAGUGUUAUGGAUCAGGCUGAGCCUACUAUGAUCAGUGAGGUGCCCUCCAAAGGCACAAAAUCCACAGUGAGCUUUCCUGUCAAUCGCCUGGUAGUAGUAUCGUUUGAAAAUGCAUACUUAUCAAGAUCAGUGUCUCGUCUUCUUGAUCCUGUAAAUCUUAUGUUUUCUGGUGAUGCUGUUCCACCUCCUGAAGAAGUUGAUUCUCUCAUCAGAACAAUCACAAGUGAAUUGAGUGUGUCAUUGGUGGAUGAGACCCUUAGCCGUACAGUGGCUCGUAAUAUCGGAAAGGCAGUGCGCCUUUUCUGCCUCAAGUGUGAACAACUGACAGUAACUGAUGGUGAAGCUACUCAAGUCAUAGGACCAUGCACACCGGGUCAGCAGACAAAUGUAAAGAUAGUAAACUUGUUGUCGUGCCUCUCGAGUCAAGUGCUACGUGUUACCACCAACAUGCGCGCAAGCUUACCAUCAGACUCUGCAGCUGCCGUUGCAGAAGCAGUUGGACAUGCUGACACGCUGGCACAGUCAAUUCUUUCACCUCUGUUUGAAUCAAUAACAGAUGCUAUAGAGGCUAUUUUACUGACCAUGCACAAUGAGGACUUCUCCAUUGAAACUGGACCACCAAGCAAGAAAAGUGAAGCAAAUUGCUCACUUUAUAUGAAAGAGCUUCAGGGUUUUAUAUCUAGAGCUGUUUCGACAUAUCUGGCACCAUUCCAAAAUCAAGAACUCGUUGCAAAGUGUGCACUUCCUGUAGCUGGUCGAUCUUUGGAAUUGUUUUGUCGGCAUGCGUGCUUUGUUCGACCUCUGGGAAGAGGUGGUCGCCGAAGACUGGCUGCAGAUUUUGUGCAGGUUGAGACAGCAGUAGCGCCUCUCUGCCGGCCUCUUUCAGAUGUUGGAAAACCCUACAAACUACUCCGAGCCCUUAGGACAUUGUUGAUGCUACCACCCGAAGAAUAUGCAGUGAGUCCUGCAUUGGGGCAGUCUGUUCCUUACAGCAUGGCUCUGCUUGCUCUGUUUGCACAUGGACCCCCUGAGCUGGCAUCACCCCAUCAGACUGCCAAUUGGUCUCCCAGCUAUUUCUCGCAGUGGUUUGAUUUCCACACAUCUGAGUGUGAACGGCUGGAACUGAUGGGUGGGGCACUACAAUGCUAUGAGCAAAUGGUACGACAGCGUGGACAGACUCAGUUCCACAGCAUUUUCCCCAUUAUGACAUCAAUAUUAGAAGCAGGACUGAAACACUGCACAGAGAAGGCAUGAAUGUCAUGCGUCAAUGAUGUUAUGUAUUUGUAGAUUUAAUGAUGAGAUUGUGGUAUAUGCAGUUCAGUUAACAGUUGUAAAAUAUAUUGUUGCACACAACCAAUAAACCCAUACUGUGAUAGAAUGAAAGCCA